AUGCAGCUCUCCCCAGAGUUCAGCGGUCAGCCCGUGAGGGUGAAAUCAGAACCACCUGAUGUAGCAUCAUGCCUACCAGAAGAGGGCCAGGUACAUCAACAGCACUGCAAAGAGUAUCCAUCAGGAGGUGAUGCAUAUGGAGUGACAGCUGGGACGCGUGACGUUAAAGAAGAACCUCGAGAGGAAUCCUCGAUGGAACAUCCGGUUACGGAAGUGAAAACGGAGCCUUACAAUGUUGCAAUCUCGACAGAACAGGACCAAAUGGGACACAACUGUGAUUCAACAUCAGAAGUCUUACCAUCUGGGAGUGACGAGAGCCACGUGUCAAAGCGUACUGACGAGAAGCCAAGCAAGUCCGAUCUCUGCCAGAGCACGAGUCUGGGGUGUCACAGGCGAACAUAUAUAAACAAGAAACCGCACAAGUGUGACCUCUGCCUGGCAGAGUUCAGCUGGAUUGCGCACCUGCGACUUCACAAGCGAGCGCACACUGGCAAAAAGCCACACAAGUGCGACGGCAGCCCGUCAGAGUUGAGCCAGAGCUUCCAGCUACAGCGUCACAAAGAGAGAAACUCGGGCGAGAAGCCGUACAAGUGCCAUCUCUGUCCUGCAAAGUACAGCCAUAGUAGGAGCCUGAGAUAUCACAAGCAAACACACACGGGCAAAAAGCCACACAAGUGCGACGUCUGCCCUGCGGAGUUCAUCCGGAACGAUCAACUGCUGCUUCACAAGCGAACGCACACGGACGAGAAGCCAUACAAGUGCGAUGUCUGCCCUGCAGUGUUCAGCAGGGGCGGGAAUCUACAGCAGCACAUGCGGAUGCACACGAGUGAGAAGCAGUACAAGUGUGACCUCUGUCCUGCAGAGUUCAGGCACAGCUCGAGCCUGUCAUAUCACAGGCGGACACACACGGACGAGAAGCCCUACAAGUGUGAUGUCUGUCCAGCAGUGUUCAGACAGAGUGGGAACCUAAAGCAGCACAAGAGGGUACACACGGGUGAGAAGCCAUACAAGUGCGAUGUCUGCCCUGCAGUGUUCAGCCAGGGCAGGAACCUACAGCGGCACAAGAGGGUACACACGGGUGAGAAGCCAUACAAGUGUGUUGUCUGCCCUGCGGAGUUCAGCCAGAGUGAGAGUCUACAGCUGCACAAGAGGGUACACACGGGUGAGACGCCAUACAAGUGUGUUGUCUGCCCUGCGGAGUUCAGCCAGAGUGGGAGUCUACAGCUGCACAAGAGGGUACACACGGGUGAGACGCCAUACAAGUGUGUUGUCUGCCCUGCGGAGUUCAGCCAGAGUGAGAGUCUACAGCUGCACAAGAGGGUACACACGGGUGAGACGCCAUACAAGUGUGUUGUCUGCCCUGCGGAGUUCAGCCAGAGUGGGAGUCUACAGCUGCACAAGAGGGUACACACGGGUGAGAAGCCAUGCAAGUGUGAUGUCUGCCCUGCGGAGUUCAGUCAGAGAGGGCACUUACAACAGCACAAGCGGACACACACAGGCGAGAAGCCUUACAAGUGCGAUCUCUGUCCUGCAAAGUUCACCCGCAACACGACCCUGAGAAAGCACAAGCAGAAGCGCACGGGCAAGGAGCCUGUUCAGCUAGAGAGGGACGCUAAAGCUUUACAAGUCGACACCUACGGGCACGAAGCCAUGCAAGUGCGAUGGGAGUUCAGCCGGGGCGGGAGCUUACAGCAGCACAAGCAGACAUACACAGAUGAGAAGCCGUACAAGUGCGAUCUCCGUCCUGCACAGUUGAGGCACAGCCCGGGCCUGUCGAAUAACAGGCAGACACACACGGGCGAGAAGACAAAUGCGAUGUCCACCCAGCAGUGUUCAGCCAGAGCAGGAACCUACAGCUUUGCAAGCAGUCACAAACGGUUGAAAAGCCAUACAAGCGAGAAGCAGUACAAGUAUGAUCUCUGUCCUGCCGAGUUCAACAAGAGCAGGAAGCUGUGGAAUCAGAGCAAUAGGUGGAGACACGAGGGCGUGAAGCCGUACAAGUGCGAUAUCUGUCCUGCGGACCUCAGCCAGAGCAAGGAGUUCGGCCAGGUGACGAACCUGAACAAUCGUAACUGGACGCACAUGGCUGAGAAGCCGAAUAGAAUUCAGCCACAGUGUGUGCCUGGGACAUCACAUGUAGACUCGAACAGGUGCAAGGCCAUACUGGAGCAUUCUCUGUGCUGCAGCCUCGAAGGACAGCACAAACCUGCAGUGUUACCAGAGGGUGUGCAUGGGUGUGAAGCCAUAUAA